AUGUCCAGCUCUUCGGCCCUGGCUAUCAACCGCGCAUUUGCUGCAUUCACUUUUGUGGACUUCACGGCUCGAUUUACACACGACAAGCGAUACCUACAGUGCCCCAGCUGCUGCGGAACAGUCUCGUUCGAGGCCCUCUUUUGCGAAAUGAAUGGCGAGACCAAGGCGCGUGCGGAGAACCAUAGCGCCAAAUCGACGGACGGAAAAGUUGCCAGCAUAGCCGCUCGAACUGGAGAAUGGACGGAUGCUGCAGUGCAGUCCGCCGCACCGUCGUCCGACAUCAAGGAGGACGUACCCACAGGCACUGACAGGCCUCAAAGCAUUGCACUCAUGAAAGUGGCAGCUGCAGAAGAUAGUAGCACCCAAGUCUCGUCGUCAGAUGGGUCUGGCAAGCCUCCCAGUAUCGACGGGAAAAGUGUCGCAUCAGCAAACACUUUCGCGCUUGACGAGAAGGAGUCGCUCCGACCCGAUGACAGCGCAAGCUUGAGAGCAGUCGAAGAGGAGGAUGUAACAAGUCCACCCGACUCUGUCGUGGCCGACUCCCGACAUGGAUCUGACACCGGUGCCACCCGUGCUUUCCAUGAUCAGCUACGCGAGAUUGCCGUUAUGAACCCUCAGCACCGAGGCGUUCCAGUGGGACGAUUCCCUGCUCUCCAAAACGGCGCGCACACUCUCUAUGACCCUAACCAGUUAGCAAAUGGAGCUAGACCGACAUCGCAACCUGCUGGUAAUAUUGUUCCGCGGGCCAACGGCGAGGCACAUCCCCCUGCCAUUCCAGAUGACAAGCUGCUUGAGGCUCUGAACUCUCCGCGCGACCGGCUGUUUAUAGUCAAGCUUGAGCAGGACUUCAUCGACUUCAUCAAAGAAACUCGACUGACCUACUACAGUGAAAGCGAGUAUGAUUUGCCCAACUGCAACACAUUCUACAGGAUGCUCGCUCAUCGUCUGGCUGAUUACUACUUGCUCGGACAUACGGUCGACUCCACCAUGACAGGCGUGAAGAUUACACCUACUGAGAUGCAGCUGCUGACUUUCUAUAGCCCACCACCCAUCUCACAGAUGGUCGACCCCGCCAAGGGCGCCAGCACACCACCAGUAGAGCUUCCUGUCCGGAAAAUCAUGCGUCGUGAUGAUGGGAAAUCGGGCAACAACACUGCGGGAAAUUCCCAGUCUGCCUCGAAGACGACAUCUGAAAAUGGUGGUAGCGAGGGUAGUAACGAUGGCAACGACAAAGAGAAAGACAAAAGCCGUAUGACUCGGGAAGAACGAGAGGCACACUACAAAUUGGUUCGGCUGAAGAUCUUUGGUAGCUCGGAGAGCGAGGAGAACGAUAAGAAUGUCACUCCUGACGGCACUGGAUCAGGUGAAGAGAAGGGUAAAGAAAUUUCGCGGUCAAGCUCUGCAGCUGGCAAAAAGAAGGGCAGGAAGCAACGCAACUACGAUGACGAUGAGUUCCACUCACGCUCCAGUUUCAACGUCUAUUAUCCGCAGCAGCCGUACUCAGCUUCGGGCUACAGCGGUGACAGUGCUUCAUACUACAGCGUCAUGCCUGGAAGUGUGCCGCCGUCGCCUUACUCAAACAUGAACGCCGGAUCAUACACAGGCAUGACCUCGGGUCCAGCACCCCCACAAGCCUACAGCAACGUCUACCCAGGCAUGGUUUCUCAGGAUCCGCAGGCGCAAUUUGGCUGGCCGGGCCAGCAGUAUCAGCCUCCAGGCGGCUCGGCACCCUAUCAGGGUCCUGGCCCCAUGCAGGGUGGGUACGAUCUCUCCGCCCAGUAUCAGCGUGGCAUGCCCUUCCAAAACGCAGGCAUGCCGUCACAGAUUACUCCGAAGAUGGGCAACGCGUCUAUGGUUCCGUACCAGGAUCCGUACCAGCAGGCGCAACCGAUGCCGAUGAACAACGGCUGGUCUCCAGGGCCUCAGCAGCCAUCGUACCCUAUGGCGCAAGGCUCGUAUCCGCCCUCUGGUAACGCAAGCCGACCCGUAUCUGCACCGCAUCAAGCACCUACUUAUCCCUAUGGUCAAUUUCCCCCACAUCCAUAUAACGGCAGGCCAAACCACAACCAGCACCCCAUUCCUGGAAGCUACAACCGUCCGCAGUUCAAUCCACAGAGCCAGACGUUUAUUCCUGGUGGUCCUCAUAUACCGUACCAGCAACAGAUGCAUGGUCUACAAGGCAACAUGCACCAUCAAGCGAUGGGACCAGGCCACAACCAGCAGCAUCAAAUGCCUCGCAUGGUGCCUUCUGCCACUAGCACCCCAUCAUUCGGCUCACCACAAAGCAUCAACAACUUCUCUCCGGCCAUGCACAGGAAUGUGUCCCAACCAAUUGACAAGACGCACAGUAGCAUCGCCAAAUACGGAACGCCUUCAAAUCUCCCCCAGAAGCCACCUGCUCCUGUAGCAGUUGCUCAGCAAGCUCCAAAGCUACAUUGA